CUCGUUCUUACGGUGACUGGAACCUUUGACUUAAUUAACUCCGACACAAAUAAUUUAUUUAUAAAAAAUAUCGAUAUCGCAAUUCACAAACUUCUCAGUCGUCCGCAAGAUGUAUCUCCUAGCAGUUGUAGGAGUGUUAGCGGUGACUGUAACGAGCGAGAGCGUGACUAGCUUGCGCUUCCCUCCGGGUUUUCAAUUCGGGGUCGCUACCUCCGCUUACCAGAUCGAAGGCGGCUGGAAUGCUAGCGACAAAGGCGAGAGCAUUUGGGACCGCAUGAUCCACUCUCGGCCAGAGUCGAUAUACGACCGCAGCAACGCCGAUGUGGCAUGCGACUCCUACCACCUUUGGGAAGAGGACCUGCGGUUGGUGCAGGACAUGGGAGUAGACUUCUACAGGUUCUCGAUAUCCUGGCCUCGCUUACUGCCACACGGCUUCAGCAACAAGGUUAGCGAAGACGGCCGUCGGUACUACAGCGCGAUUAUUGACGGGCUGCUGGAGCGCGGCAUCUCACCUAUGGUCACACUGUACCACUGGGACUUGCCGCAGAGGUUACAGGAACUUGGAGGCUGGACAAACCCCCUCAUAGUAGACUGGUUUGCGGAUUACGCUCGAGUCGCGUUCUCCCUCUUCGCCGAUCGCGUACACACUUGGAUCACCAUCAACGAACCCGGCACCAUUUGUGACGUCAGCUACAGAGGAUUCUUGGCUCCAGGGGUUAAGGAUCAUGAAGUUGGGGCGCUCCUGUGUACAAAGCAUGUGCUGUUAGCCCAUGCUACAGCGUAUAGGGUGUACCAAAAGGAAUUUAAACCGAAAUAUCAUGGUGAAGUGUCGAUCGCGAACCAGGAGAGCUGGUUCGAACCGAAAACCGACAUGGACUUGGAAAUCACUCUGCUGGCCAGAGAAUAUUUAUUCGGUCGUUACUCGCACCCCAUAUUCUCAGCCACAGGAGGCUGGCCGCCCGCGCUGCAGCGGUACAUGGCAGAUAAAAGCAAGAGGGAGGGCUUCUCGCGUUCCAGACUGCCUGCGUUCACACAGGAUGAGAUACGACUUGUGAAAGGAUCAUUCGACUACUACGGGCUGAACCACUACACGUCUCGCGUGGUGCGCGCCGCAGUCCCCGGCGAGCCGCUGCAAUACAUGAUGCAAGGAAUCGAAGAAGUGGAGGCAGCCCUGGAGACUAGGCCACAUUGGGGGGCUGCUGCAGCGUCUUGGCUAAAGGUGAACCCUCAAGGCCUUCGGCGGCUCCUGCAGCUGAUCAAGCAGCAGUACGGGGACGUGAAGAUCCUGAUCACCGAGAACGGGUACUCCGACACCGGCGCACAGCUCCAAGACCGGGACCGGGUCCAAUACUACAGGGACUACUUGGAGCAGGUUCUCUUGGCGAUGAACGAGGACGCGGUGCGAGUGGUUGGCUACACGGCGUGGUCGCUGCUCGACAACUUCGAGUGGGUGGCUGGCUACACGUCGCGCUUCGGUCUAUACGCCGUGGAUUUCAGCUCGCCUCUGCGUCCCCGCGCCGCGCGCGCCUCCGCGCGGUUCUACGCGGGCGUGGCGCGCGCGGGAGCCCGCAGCGUCGCGCCGGCUCACAACACUACGCGUGCAAUACAAUAAACUUAACUUAUGUUUAGCGACAACCCACACUCAAGUGACGCAUGUCGUAAGACGCGGAACGGACGUCAGCGCCGCGCAGCCCGAGUGUAAUUUAAAAAACGCCUCUUUAGUACAUUUUGUAUAGGAAGGACGUAAGUCGCGCCCUGAUCGACGCGGCGCGCGCUUCAAGUGACGCGUCGCUUACGACUUACGACGUGCGUCGCCUGAUUGUGGAUAUGCAUGAUUUUUUAUUUUAACGAUAAAUUGAUAUAUGUGAUAUACUAUGGUUUUCUGACUCUAAGAAAAAUAUUUACAUCGGUUUUAAUACUAAAUCGGUGUUAGAUAAAUCAUAAUAAAAUAGGCUAAAUCUUAUUUAUAUAAAUUUAUAAUUAUUGGUAAAAUUUGUAAGAAAAGUUUUACUACUGUUAGAAAGGUACACUAUUUGAGAAACCCCUAUGAUAAUAGUAUUUUUGCAACAGGCGUCAAAGGUCAGGUCAGGAGGUCAAAAAGACGACUGGCGUGGGUAACAAUUUGAGGCGAAGCCGAAAAUUGUUAUUAAGACGCCACGACUAUUUUCUUACUCAGUAAACAUCGUUGCAUGCAAUACUUUUUCUACGACUAUGCACUUAAUUUUUAAUUGUUUUCUAGAAUAACUUUCGUGAAAUUCACACUGUUUCCUGUAUUUUACACAGCCAGCGCAGCUGCCCAAAGCCAUUCCCGCCACUUACCGCGCACUAUCGUCAAAGCGUUACCAUGGUUACAGAGUCAAACAAUGCGUUUUCAAUUUUUUCGUUACUGCGCGCGUGCGCGGGAAGCCGAUGGGCGCUGGCUUUGGGCAAAGAAGAUCGAGUAAGUAUUAUAGAGAGUUACUGUCGAAGUAAAAUGUGUAA